UGCAUUGAGAACGCCCUUCGUUGGGAACACUUCAUUUACGGACAUUGCAGAGCUUCAGUCAUACGCGCAAUGAUGAACUUUACCUUGAUGACAGCUUUCAUCCUCUGCAGCCUCAGCUGGAUCUCUGUCUCAGUUUCUGAGUCUCAGACUGUGGAGGUCCAGUCUGGUGAGGAAGUCACUCUGCUGUGCUCCAACAGUUCCAGAGACCCAACUACAACAGAGUGGUUCAGACUGAUCAACAGAACCAAGCCCAGCUGUAUCUCCUCCAUGUUCCAGUCUGAUGGCGAAGCUUCAUUCUGUCAUGGAUUUAAAAAUGGAAGAUUUGAAAUGAGCGCCAACAUUUCUACUGUCUUUCUUAAAAUCAAACAAGUUGAUUUCUCUGACACUGGACUGUAUUUCUGUGGAAUUUACACAGGCAAACAUACAGUCAUUGCCAGUGCAACACAUUUAAGUGUUAAUGAGGAGCCUGAUGGAAUUACAAACCUAAUGAGUGUGAUCCUGGCUGGUCUGGCUGUUUUCCUCACUAUAGUCGUCAUUGUUCUGGCUGUUAAAAUCAGGAAACUUACAGCUGUGAAUGAAGAACCGCAUCCAGAAGGAAACAAGAAUCUGGACUCAGAUGACCUGAACUACACAGCUCUAAGCUUCCAGCCAAAAGCAAAAAUAAACCGCAGGCCUGCAUCUGAGAGAGAAGUGGAGACAAAUGUUGUGUAUGCUGCCACCAGAUAG